AUGAAUCGAGCAGAGGAAAUUUCGGAUUCAAUCCCUAAUGAUGUCCUUCUUGAGAUAUUCUCGAGAUUGCCGGCAAAAUCAGUAGGGAGGUUUCGUUGCGUGUCGAAGCAAUGGGGUUCCAUGCUUCGUCAUCGAUAUUUCACAGAGUUGUUCUUGACCAUGUCACGGGCUCGUCCACGUCUCUUAUUCGCCCUCAAUCGAGACAAUGAGUGGAGCUUCUUCUCAACGCCUCAGCUUCAUAAUCCGUAUGGGAAUUCAACAUCUCUAGAGGCGACUUUUCAUAUGAAACUCUCUCAGUUCUCUUUAGUCUACGGUACAACGUUUUCUUGUCUCACCUCUGGAUUGAUGUAUUUCUCUUCUGUGCGGAUCUCACCUAAAGAGUGGGAUAAUGGAGUGCAUGUGAUAUUUAACCCUACUUCGAGACAGUAUGUGAGCUUACCUAGAGCGAUAGGGUCUAAUAGCUUUAUAGGGUUUGAUCCAAUUGACAAGCAACACAAGGUAUUGCUCACUGGACGUGGUGGUAAUCAUAGGGUUCUGACAUUAGGAACCGGAGAAACCAUGUGGCGGAAGAUCCAAUGUCCCUUAACCCAUUAUCCUUUGGAAAGCGAUAAAGGGAUAUGCAUCAAUGGGGUUUUGUAUUACUUAGCUGCAACUUAUAAAAGGGAUACUAAAUGGAUAAACUAUAAGGGUAAAUUAGGUGUGAUUGAGUGUGUGAUUAAUCGUGAUAUUGCUGAGUUGCGUCUGUGCGUUCUAGGGGAUGUCGAAAAACAGGAAUGGUCGAAAUAUGUCUACACUUUGCCGCCGGAUGACAUUAAAGCCAAAGCCGUUGAUAGCCGCAAUGUUUAUGUCGUUGGAAUGACUGCUACAGGUGAAAUAGUUUUGGCGGAUAAAUAUGUAUCAUCUAAACGACUUCAUGUUUUCUACUUCAAUCCCGAAAGAAGCACUUUCCAAAGUGUUGAAAUCCUAGGUAUUGGAGAAUACUAUCGUCAGAUGCCUCAUCAUAGAGUGUUUGCCUUUGUGGACGUCGUAGAAGAUCUUCAUGUUAACGAUGCAAAGUACCUCAAGUCAAGCCAAGGCCUAAACAUCAUUAGGGAAAUGCCAAAACCGAUCAUUAGGAAAUGCCAAAACCGAUCAUUAGGAAACUGCCAAAGCCACACAAUCUCGGCAACUCAGCUCCAUUGUUGA